UAACACACACACACACACACACACACACACACACAGCAGUAACUCCAAACUUCAGUCAGAGCCUAGAUUUCAGUGGAUAGUUAAAAACAAUUGGUGGACUCUUCUCAAUCACGUCCUAUUAAAAAGCAAAUUGUAGGCAACAAAGCGGGCCUCCCCAAACUGCCACCUGUGGUCUACUGUGGGUUUUUAAAGCACUCCUCCCCAAACGUAAUUUCCCUCUCUGCUUUAUUUGAAAUUGACUCCUCCUUUGAGCAGUCUGCUCCCUAUGCAGCAUUAGAGAGAAUUUAACUCAGCCCCCAGCCCGAGACACUACCGCUCCUGCUGACAGUUAGAGUUUGCACGGUGUGUGUAUGUUUUUUUGCGUCCGUUGGUCUUUGUGUGUGUGUGUGUGUGUGUGUGUGUGCAGUGCAGUCCAGUCCAGGGCUGUAUGUAGGUUAGACUUCCCCAGGGCCUCUCUCUGCAGGGACUGAUGACGCCAGCCAGGCAGAGCACAGCGCAGUUGGUAACAUGCUAAUAACUUACUGCAGAUUUUCUCAGGCCAGAAGCCCCUUCUCUCUCUCUCGAUCUCCCUGUCGUUUUAGCUGCAGACCGUCUUCCCUGUCUCAGUGUUAUUGGAUACUAGCUUGGAGGCUACCUAGCGGUUAGGAAAACAGUCAGGGGGAUCUGGUGCUGGCGGCGGUUGGAGGAAAGGGCGUCGGUCCGGACUAGGACGUGUGUGACGUGGGCUGUUGGCGUUUCUGGAACGUUACCUUGGCCAGAUUGUCCGUGCUCUCCACUCUCUCUCUCUCUCCCGCUCAUUCUUCUCUCAUACAUACAAACAAACUCUGGCUCACUUUAUACCUCACUCACUUUCUCUCGCUACAGCUGUGUUCUUGUCUUUUCUUUCUGGGAGACAGCUGGGCUGGUGGUUUCAGAGAGUGGAGUCAGUGUGAUUUAGUGCAGAGCACAGGGCCUCCUCCUGAGCUGUGAGACACUCACAAAAAGCUUUAAACACUAGGGAUAUCCUUUUAAGGUACUUUCGCACCAAGACACUUUUGUGAGGAAGUGAGCAGACAUGGCUUCACGGUCAUUGUGGACAUGCGAGGCUCUAAGUGGGACAGCAUCAAGCCCUUGCUGAAGAUCCUCCAGGAGUCCUUCCCUUCCUGCAUCCAUGUAGCCCUCAUCAUCAAACCAGACAACUUCUGGCAGAAACAGAGGACCAAUUUUGGGAGCUCCAAGUUUGAAUUUGAGACCAUCAUGGUGUCCCUGGAGGGCCUGACCAAGGUGGUAGAUCCGUCCCAGCUGACGUCAGACUUCGAGGGCAGCUUGGAGUACGACCACGACGAGUGGAUCGAGGUGCGCAUGGCCUUCGAGGACUUUGCCGGCGAUGCCGCCCGGGCCCUCGCGCGCCUCGAGGAGCUGCAGGAGACGCUCGCUCAGCGCGACCUGCCCCGUGACCUGGAGGGGGCGCGGCGGCUCAUGGAGGAGCACGCCACGCUCAAGAAGAGGGCCACCAAGGCCUCGGUGGAGGAGCUGGACACACAGGGACGCAGGCUGCUCCAGAGGCUACAGCAGGGCUCCGUCGCCCCCGGGGGCUACGCUAACCGCGGCGGAGGGGGGACGGACGGUAACGACGGGCCGGCCGGACACCCGGACGCCCACAACCUGGUGCCCAAGGUCAGCUCACUGCUGGACAAGCUGCAUGGCACAAGGCAGCACCUGCAGCAGCUGUGGCACAUGCGCAAGCUGAAACUGGACCAGUGCUUCCAGCUGCGGCUGUUUGAGCAGGACGCGGAGAAGAUGUUUGACUGGAUCAUGCACAAUAAGGGCCUGUUCCUGACCAGCUACACAGAGAUAGGAGGGAACCACAAGCAUGCUGGAGAGCUGCAGACGCAGCACAACCACUUCGCCAUGAACUGUAUGAAUGUCUAUGUAAAUAUCAAGCGGAUCAUGUCAGUGGGGAACCGGCUGCUGGAGUCUGGCCACUACGCGUCCCAGCAGAUCCAGCAGAUCUCCGCUCAGCUGGAGAAGGAGUGGAAGGCCUUCGCUGCUGCCCUGGAUGAACGCUCCACCCUACUGGAGAUGUCUGCUGCUUUCCACCAGAAGGUUGACCAGUAUAUGAGUAAUGUGGAGCCAUGGUGUAAGGGUUGUGGAGAAGGAGACCUGCCCUCUGAAUUACAGGACCUAGAGGACACCAUCCACCGUCACACUGGACUCUACGAACACAUUACCACUGCAUACUCUGAGGUGAGCCAAGAUGGCAAGUCUCUAUUGGACAAGCUGCAGAGGCCUCUGACCCCUGGCAGUGCUGAUUCGCUAACGGCCUCUGCCAACUAUUCCAAGGCUGUUCACCACGUUCUGGACAUCAUCCACGAAGUGCUGCAUCACCAGAGACAGCUGGAAAACAUCUGGCAACACCGCAAGGUCCGGCUACACCAGCGCCUGCAGCUGUGUGUCUUCCAACAGGAUGUCCAGCAGGUGUUGGACUGGAUUGAGAACCACGGUGAAGCAUUCCUCAGUAAGCACACAGGCGUAGGAAAGUCCCUGCACAGAGCUCGAGCCCUGCAGAAGAGACAUGAGGACUUUGAGGAGGUGGCCCAGAACACGUACACCAACGCGGACAAGCUGCUGGAGGCCGCGGAGCAGUUGGCCCAGACGGGGGAGUGUGAUCCAGAGGAGAUCUACCAGGCGGCCCACCAGCUGGAGGACCGCAUCCAGGACUUUGUCAGGAGGGUGGAGCAGCGCAAGGUCCUGCUGGACAUGUCUGUGGCCUUCCACACACACGUUAAAGAGCUGUGGACGUGGUUGGAGGAGCUGCAGAAGGAGCUGCUUGACGAUGUGUACGCUGAGUCGGUGGAGGCGGUGCAGGAGCUGAUCAAACGCUUCGGCCAGCAGCAGCAGACCACCCUGCAGGCCACAGUCAACGUCAUCAAGGAGGGAGAGGACCUCAUCCAGCAGCUCAGGGACUCGGCUAUCUCCAGCAAUAAGACGCCCCACAACAGCUCCAUGGCCCACAUUGAGAGUGUCCUUCAGCAGCUGGACGAGGCCCAGGCCCAGAUGGAAGAGCUUUUUCAAGAGAGGAAGAUCAAACUGGAGUUGUUCCUGCAGCUCCGGAUCUUUGAGAGGGACGCCAUCGAUAUCAUCUCUGACCUGGAGUCCUGGAAUGAGGAGCUGUCCCAGCAGAUGAGUGAGUUCGAUACGGAGGACCUGACACUAGCCGAGCAGAGGCUCCAGCACCACGCUGACAAAGCCUUGACCAUGAACAACCUGACCUUCGACGUCAUCCACCAGGGACAGGAGCUGCUGCAGUACGUUACCGAGGUCCAGGCCAGCGGUGUGGAGUUGCUGUGUGACAGGGAUGUAGACAUGGCCACUCGUGUUCAGGACCUGCUGGAGUUCCUUCAUGAGAAGCAACAGGAGCUGGAUGUGGCGGCCGAGCAGCACAGGAGACACCUGGAACAGUGUGUCCAACUACGCCACCUACAGGCCGAAGUGAAACAGGUGCUUGGCUGGAUCCGUAAUGGAGAGUCAAUGCUGAAUGCUGGUCUGAUCACAGCCAGCUCUCUACAGGAGGCGGAGCAGCUCCAGAAGGAACACGAGCAGUUUCAACAUGCCAUAGAGAAAACCCAUCAGAGUGCCCUUCAGGUGCAGCAGAAGGCGGAGGCGUUGCUCCAGGCCAACCACUAUGACAUGGACCUCAUCAGAGACUGUGCCGAGAAGGUCGCCGACCACUGGCAACAGCUCAUGCUCAAGAUGGAGGACCGGCUCAAACUGGUCAAUGCCUCAGUGGCCUUCUACAAGACCUCAGAGCAGGUUUGCAGUGUGCUGGAGAGCCUGGAGCAGGAGUAUAAGCGUGAGGAGGACUGGUGUGGAGGGGCCGACAAACUGGGCCCUAACAGUGAGUCCGAUCAUGUGACCCCCAUGAUCAGUAAACAUCUGGAGCAGAAGGAAGCCUUCCUCAAGGCCUGCACAUUAGCAAGGCGAAACGCGGACGUCUUCCUGAAGUACCUGCACAGAAACAGUGUGAACAUGCCUGGGAUGCUGUCUCACGUCAAGGCACCUGAAACACAGGUCAAAAACAUCUUGAAUGAGUUGCUGCAGAGGGAGAACCGGGUGCUUCAUUUCUGGACGAUGAGGAAGAGAAGACUGGACCAGUGUCAGCAGUAUGUGGUGUUUGAACGCAGCGCCAAGCAGGCUCUGGAGUGGAUCCACGACACGGGGGAGUUCUACCUGUCGACACACACCUCCACCGGGUCCAGUAUACACCACACACAGGAGCUCCUGAAGGAGCACGAAGACUUCCACAUCACAGCCAAGCAAACCAAAGAGAGAGUGAAACUGUUGAUCCAGCUGGCGGAUGGCUUUUGUGACAAAGGACACGCCCAUGCGCUGGAGAUAAAGAAAUGGGUCACGUCUGUGGACAAACGCUACAGAGACUUCUCUCUCCGUAUGGACAAGUACCGGUCCUGUCUGGAGAAAGUUCUGGGCAUCGUAUCCUCUGAAUCCAACAAGGUUAGUAAAGGGCUGCAGCUGGACAUCAUCCCUGCCAGUGCCCCCGGGUCAGAGGUCAAGCUGAGGGAUGCCGCUCACGAACUCAAUGAGGAGAAGAGGAAGUCUGCCCGGCGAAAAGAGUUCAUAAUGGCAGAGCUGAUUCAGACAGAGAAGGCCUACGUUAGAGACCUGCGGGAGUGUACGGAUACAUACCUGUGGGAGAUGACCAGCGGUGUGGAGGAGAUACCACCGGGCAUCGUUAACAAAGAGCACAUCAUCUUCGGGAACAUGCAGGACCUCUACGAGUUCCACCAAAACAUCUUCCUGAAGGAGCUGGAGAAAUAUGAGCAGUUACCUGAGGACGUAGGUCAUUGCUUUGUUACCUGGGCGGAUAAGUUCCAGAUGUAUGUGAACUACUGCAAGAACAAACCGGACUCUACCCAGCUCAUUUUGGAGCAUGCAGGGCCAUAUUUUGAUGAAAUUCAACAGAGGCACCGGCUGGCAAACUCCAUCUCCUCAUACCUCAUCAAGCCUGUGCAGAGAAUAACCAAGUACCAGCUGCUCCUCAAGGAGCUGCUGACCUGCUGUGAGGAGGGGAAGGGGGAGAUCAAGGACGGCCUGGAGGUGAUGCUCAGUGUCCCCAAGAGAGCCAACGAUGCCAUGCAUCUCAGCAUGAUGGACGGAUUCGAUGGAAAUAUUGACUCCCAAGGAGAGCUGAUUCUGCAGGAGUCCUUCCAGGUGUGGGAUCCCAAGACCCUGAUUCGUAAAGGAAGAGAGCGCCACCUCUUCCUGUUUGAGAUGUCCCUGGUCUUUAGCAAGGAGGUCAAAGACUCAAACGGUCGCAACAAGUACCUCUACAAGAGCAAGCUGUUUACUUCAGAACUGGGUGUCACAGAGCACGUGGAGGCGGACCCUUGUAAGUUUGCCCUCUGGAUUGGAAGGACCCCCAGCUCAGACAACAAGAUUGUGCUGAAGGCGUCCAGCAUAGAGAACAAGCAGGACUGGAUCAAACACAUCCGGGAGGUGAUCCAGGAGCGCACCAUCCACCUGAGAGGAGCCCUGAAGGAGCCCAUCCACAUCCCCAAAGCCACCACAGCCAAACACAAGGGACACCGCAGUCACGGAGAGGACCUGGACAGUCAGGGUGACGCCAGUAGUCAACCAGACACCAUCUCCAUUGCUUCCCGCACCUCUCAGAACACACUAGACAGUGACAAGCUGUCCGGUGGCUGUGAGCUGACCGUUGUCAUCCAUGACUUUGUGGCUGGUAAUGGCAGUGUCUCGGAGCUGACCGUGCGGCGGGGUCAGACGGUGGAGGUGUUAGAGAGGCUCCAUGACAAGCCAGACUGGUGCCUGGUCCGGACCACGGACCGUUCCCCUGCCCAGGAGGGCCUGGUGCCCUGUACCAUGCUGUGUAUUGCCCACUCACGCUCCAGUAUGGAGAUGGAAGGACUAUUCAACCACCACCAUAAAGACACCUUGUCCGUGUCUAGUAAUGACACCAUCCAGCCAGGCGCCAGCCACACCCUGGGCUCCCACAGCUCCCCGGGGCCCAAGCGACCGGGCAACACACUGAGGAAGUGGCUGACCAGCCCUGUGAGACGCCUGAGCAGCGGCAAGGCCGACGGGCACGUCAAGAAGCUGGCCCACAAACAUAAGAAGAACCGCGACGGUCGUGGGAAGAACGCAGACUCCUCUGGCUCCCAGAAAGACUCGGAUGACAGCGCCGCAACGCCGCAGGAUGAGAUGGUUGAGGAGAGGAUGAGGAAUGAGGGUCUGAGCAGUGGGACUCUGUCCAAGUCUUCUUCGUCUGGGAUGCAGAGCUGUGGUGAGGAGGAGGGGGAGGAGGGGGCGGACUCGGUGCCCCUGCCCCCCCCUAUGGCCAUCCAACAACACAGUCUGCUGCAGGCUGACUCUCAGGAUGACAAGGCCUCUCGUUUGUCGGGCCGGCCGAGUAGUUCAGAAACACCCAGCGCGGCCGAGCUGGUCAGUGCAAUUGAAGAGCUGGUCCAGAGCAAGAUGUCCCUGGAGGACCGUCCCAGCUCUCUGUCAGUGGAACAGGGGGACAGCAGCAGCCCGUCCCUCAACCCCUCAGACAACUCCCUCCUGUCGUCCUCGUCCCCCAUCGAUGAGAUGGAAGAGCGCAAGUCAGGUUUCCUCAAGAGACGCCACUACGUGUUACUGGAGCUCGUGGAGACAGAGAGGGACUAUGUAAGAGACCUGGGUUCAGUGGUGGAGGGCUACAUCAGCCGAAUGAAGGAGGAAGGCGUGCCAGAUGACAUGAGGGGAAAAGACAAGAUUGUUUUUGGGAAUAUCCACCAGAUCUAUGACUGGCACCGAGACUUUUUCCUGGGAGAACUAGAAAAAUGCCUGGAGGACCCUGAUAGGCUGGCUCCCCUGUUUGUCAAACAGGAGCGACGUUUACACAUGUACAUUGUGUACUGCCAGAACAAGCCCAAAUCAGAGCACAUUGUGUCUGAAUACAUUGACACCUACUUUGAGGAGCUUAAGCAACGUUUGGGCCACAGGCUUCAGCUCACUGAUCUCCUCAUUAAGCCUGUCCAGCGCAUCAUGAAAUACCAGCUCCUUCUGAAGGACUUACUCAAGUUUUCCAAAAAGGCUGCAGUAGACACUACUGAGUUGGAGAAAGCGGUGGACGUCAUGUGUGUUGUGCCCAAAAGGUGCAACGACAUGAUGAACGUUGGACGUCUUCAAGGCUUUGAUGGGAAGAUUGUUGCCCAAGGCAGACUUCUUCUCCAGGACACCUUCAUGGUAUCUGACCAGGAUGGGGGGCUGCUCACCAGGAUGAAGGAGAGGAGGGUGUUCCUCUUCGAACAGAUCGUCAUCUUUAGCGAGCCCUUAGACAAGAAGAAAGGCUACUCCCAACCAGGAUACCUCUUCAAGAACAGCGUCAAGGUGAGCUGGCUGGGUCUGGAGGAGAACACAGAUGACCCCUGUAAGUUCACUCUGACCUCGCGGUCAUCCAGUGGCAGCAUGGAGACCUAUGUGAUGCACUCAGCCAACCCUGGAGUCAGCCAGAUGUGGGUUCAACAGAUCACCCAGAUCCUGGAGAGCCAACGCAACUUCCUCAACGCACUGACAUCCCCUAUCGAGUACCAGAGGAACCACGUGGGGGCCAGUGGACCGGGCCUGGCGGGCCCCAGCAGCUGCAGUGGUUCCACCAUGGGCCCCGGGAGUAACUCUCUCUGUGGCCCCCAGAGUCGCCGGCCCUCACGCAUCCCCCAGCCCUCUUCCCGCAUCCCGCAGCCUGUCCAUCACCACCAUCCCCUGGGCCCCGAUGGCCCAGACAGGACAGCAGGUAUGUGGUCCCAGCUGCUCCCCUCCUCAUCCUCCUCCCCCUCCUCCCAGCCCCCCUGCCCCGCUGAGCUUAUGGAGGUUGACCUGGGGCCCCAAGAUGUCCCUAAGAUGCCGGUGCUGGAGGGUCCCCUGCCCCGCAGCCGAACCAGCAGCAACAGCAAUGACAAGCCUGUGGGCGUGGCUGGGGGCGGUGCCAUAGAGUGCCGCCCUGGGGAGGGCCCCACUCAGACCCCCAUCCCACGACUGGCUGUGGCCCCUCUGAAUCUGGCCGUGGCUCGAGUAGGGAGGGUCUCUCCACUGACCUCCCCCAUGAAGGAGAGCUUUAUCCCAGGCUGCACCAACCAGAAAGUGUCCUCUUACUGGGGCGCCACGGUCCCAGCCUCCCCGGCCAGCCGGCCUGGCUCCUUCUCCUUUCCCAGUGAUAGUGGGGACUCCACCCAGGGCCGCAGCCAUCGACACUCCACCCACAGCAAGGACAUAGACCGCAUGAGCACCUGCUCCUCCACCAGUGAGCAGUCUAUACAGUCCACCCAGAGCAACGGGAGUGAAAGCAGUAGCAGCAGCAGCAUCAGCACCAUGUUGGUGACCCAGGACUAUGUGGCCCUGAAGGAGGAUGAGAUCAGUGUGUCCCAGGGCGAAGUGGUCCAGAUGCUGGCCUCCAACCAGCAGAACAUGUUCCUGGUGUUCCGGUCCGCCACCGAGCAGGGACCUGCCGCCGAGGGCUGGAUCCCCGGCUACGUGCUGGGUCACACCUCCAUCAUUAUUCCCGAACACCCCGAAGGAACCGUCAAGAAGUCAUCAUCAUGGCACACAGCACUACGCAUCAGGAGAAAGUCUGAGAAAAAAGACAAGGAGACCAGGAAGGAAAAUAAGAUGGAAAAUGGCAACCGCAAAUCUCAAGAAAGUCUGGCUAAUAAAGUUUCUGUAAAGCUUCUAAAUCCCAACUACAUAUAUGAUGUCCCCCCAGAGUUCUUGUUGCCCCUGAGUGAUGUGACCUGUGAUCAGGGAGAGAGUGUCAUUUUGAGGUGUAAGGUCUGUGGAAGACCUAAAGCUUCGGUGACCUGGAGAGGACCUGACCACUGCACUCUGACCAACAACGGACACUACAGCAUCACCUACGGUGACACAGGCGAGGCCACCCUCCGGAUCAUGGGUGUGUCUGUGGAGGAUGAAGGGGUGUACUCCUGUGUGGCCACCAAUGUAGUGGGCAGUGUGUCCUCCUCCGCCAGCCUCAGAGUCUCAGAUGCCUCCAAUGAUGGGAGUGAAGAGGUCUGGAAGAACAACUUUGAGUCCUUCUACACAGAAAUCAGUGAACUGGGCAGAGGCAGGUUCUCUGUGGCUAAACGCUGUGACCAGCGUGGGAGCAAGCAAGCAGUGGCAGCCAAGCAUGUCAACAAACGUCUGAUGCGUCGUGAGCAGGUCCUCCAGGAGCUGAGGAUACUUCAAUGUCUGGAACAUCCCCACCUGGUGGGCCUGCUGGACACCUUCGAGACAGCCACCAGCUACAUACUAGUGCUGCAGAUGGCUGAUCAAGGCCGUCUCCUGGACUACAUAGUUAGCUGGGGGAACCUGACUGAAGAAAAGGUGGCAUUGUACCUUCGGGACAUUCUUGAAGCUUUACACUACUUGCAUAGCUGGAGGAUAGCUCACUUGGAUUUGAAGCCGGAGAAUGUGUUGGUGGAGCAGACAUCUGCCCAGCCUGUUGUGAAGCUGACAGACUUUGGGGACGCUGUCCAGCUGAACAACGGCCACUACAUCCAUCCUUUACUGGGCAGCCCAGAGUUCUCAGCCCCGGAGCUGAUCCUGGGCCAACCUGUCUCCCUGACCUCUGACCUCUGGAGUCUUGGGGUCGUAACCUACGUAGUGCUGAGCGGAGCAUCUCCAUUCUUGGAUGAGAGCACUGAAGAGACUUGUUUAAACAUCUGUCGCCUGGAUUUCAGCUUUCCCCACGACUACUUCCAGGGUGUGAGUCAGGCGGCUAGGGACUUUGUUUGUCUCCUUCUACAGGGAGAGCCAGACUUGAGACCUUCAGCUGCUGUAUGCCUUCAGGAGAACUGGCUACAGCCGCGGGACAACCAACAGAACCAGUACUCGGGGUGUAUCGACACCUCCAGACUCAUCUCCUUCAUUGAGCGUCGGAAACACCAGAACGACAUCAGGCCGGUGGGCAGCUUCAAGACCUUCCUUCACAGCAGACUUCUCAACCGGAUAUGAGAGAGAUGGCGGACUACAGUACCUGGAAGUCACUGCCUGGAUAUGAGCGAUGAGAGAGAUGGUGGACUACAGUACCUGGAAGUCACUGCCUGGAUAUGAGCGAUGAGAGAGAUGGCGGACUACAGUACCUGGAAGUCACUGACUGGAUAUGAGCGAUGAGAGAGAUGGCGGACUACAGUACCUAGAACUCACAGACUGGAAAUAAGUAGGGUAGAUGACUCCAGCACCUAGAAGACACAGAGCGGGUCUGAGAGGGUUAAAGGACUUCAUUACCUAGACACCACAGGGCCAUAAUGAUGAUCUCAUCCUUUCUUAGCCAACUACAUCAAUUAAUUGGAACAACAUUACCCAGCAUCCUGCUGCUGCUGACUGCUGACUGCUUUUCAUAUUUUUGACUGAGAUUUUCCCCCAAGAGAUUUAGCUACUUCCCUUCGAGCCCUACCUUUAUAGGGAUAUUGACCUAUGCCUGCACAGAAACACAAACUAUUUAAAAGCAUUCAAACUUGACUAGCAGGAAGAACAAAGCUUUCUUGAGAGCCAGUGAGAGCAAGCCUUGUGUUUGGACGGUAAUACAAACAUAUACUGUAAUUUCAGGUUGCUUUUGAUUGAAUAUAGGAAAAUGAUUUUUUGUAUUUGAGAGAUUACUUUUUGUACAGAAAAUGUAUAAUGAAGAAACAAAGAGAUGUCUUUAUUCAUAUACCUUUUCAAGAACAGAGGCUGUUAAAACAAAUAAAAACAAAACUGAAUGAAACAUAAAGGAACACAGACCCACCAUGACUGUGUUGCAUCAGAAAACUACUUCUUGAACCAGUUGGAGACCAAACUCAUUGUAACUGUAGUUGAUUAGCGUACAUCAACAUGAAAGCAAAUGCUUUUUUACUGGCCUCGCUUAUUGUAUGGACCUGUAACAGUUAAUGCAACUAUACUAUUUUAGUGAAACAUCAGCAGAGAAACAGAUAAACAAACAAGAACAAGCUAUUAAACUAUUGGAAAAGCUCUUUAGAUUUCUGAUACAUACGCCUUACUUUGUAAAUAAUGUGUUCCUGCCAUUCUCAUUUUGAAACAUCUGUCUCAAAUGCUGAUUUAAUUAGCUGAGUAGUACAUCCUGCCAGUGGAGGAGAUGUGUGAGGAUGAAUAGCUCAGUCUAAUGCCAAUCUAAAUUACUUCACUACUAGAAAAACUGCGAUAAAAUGCACUCAUAUUUUGCAUAAAUUUCUCAUGUGCAAUGUUGCAGCUUUAACAUUUAUGCAACUGUUUAUGAAGACGUGUGUUGUACCCGUAAUCUAAAAAGGCAUGUAUGUACCUGGUACUGCAAUAGAUGUCUGUAUUGUGUUACUCUUUUUCUGUAUUAAGUUCAGUAUUAAUAUCUUGGAACCUUAAAAUCUGAUUUCACAAAUAAUGUUAAAAUGAAAAAAUGUGUAUCGAUAGGCACUUAUGGUUUCAGUUUGUCAUUGUUGAUACUUUUUUCCCGUUACUAUACCAAAGUUAACCAUACUUUACCCUCUUAAAUGUGUUAAAUGAUUCACCAUGUUAAGUUAUGAACACCAUACUGAACCUAGAGAUAGUUGUUUACAUUGGUUCAAAGUGGCUUUAUUUAUUAGCAUUGUAAGAACAUUUAGUUCACUUCUCUUUUCAUUUAGUUGUUGGUUAUUAUUACAUACCUAAUUAACAUUUCAAACACUUAUCUUCUCAAGCUGUUCAUGAAGUAGUGAUUGCUGUGUAAGUUUGUUUGGCUUUUUUAAGUUAUGUAUUGCUAGACGUGUAGUGCAAUGAUCAUAUUGGUUUAACUUAAGAUACAUUUGAGAUAGCAUUCUUUGCAGAGCGGUUGGUUAAAAAAAGAUACUAUGAAAUAUUUACAUCAAUGUUACAAUAGUGGUGCCAGGGCGCUAAAGCACUAACCUUUAUCUGAGAGUAUCCAUAACCUGGAACUUUCAGUGAGUUAAUCAAUGUGUGAAUUGAAACUGAUUUUAAAGUUCCAGUCAUUAGACUUGGAGAGGCAAAUGAAGCAGCUGUAUUUCCUUUUAAGCUUGAAAAGGUGGUUAAAGUUUUAUGUUCAUGUCAAAGCAGUAGUCACAGUGAUACAAUUAAGGAAUUUAUUAGUUAACUUGUACAGUCCCAUUUUGUGUCCUCUUAUUUAUUAAUGUGUAAAGCUGUACAGACAUGAAUGAUGAAAAUGGGAACUUGGAUGUAACCUCAUCAUAUUUUUUACAUACUAUGUCACUUUGAAUGUUAAAUUACUUAUUUUUACUUUUGCAUGUAUAUUUCUUUGUACAGAUUGUUUGCACAUUAAUACUGUAAAUAUUUUAUUUAGUCCUCAGUUAAAUGCCAUUAAACAUAUGGAACAAAG